GAACAUCCGCAUAGCUCGUGAAAAAAGAAUCUCACCGUCCAGUGGAGUAUUCUUCAUCUGAAACAUCUGAAAAUCAAGACAAAAGUUCUAUAAUCGCGUCGAAAAUAAUGGAGGUUGAGUUGAACGAUCGAAAAACUUUUGUCAUAACAGCUGGUGAAAAUGGUGACGAGGACGAAGAAAUCGAAAUGAUACGGCCGAACGAUCUUCUGGAAAUUGUAGACCUUCAAAAAGAUGAUGAAAAAUACAAGCCCUUGCAUUCUCACGUCGAGCAUUACAAUCGUCGCGCAGCGGAAGCGGCGAAAAAAUAUUCCUCUUAUAUUUCUGAUUUAGAAAUAAAUUUGAAAGAAAAUCACUUCAUUGAAGAAGAAAAACCUUUUAUCGCUGGAUUCAAGCAUGAAUUGGAUAAGGUUACAUAUUCAUGCUUCGACAUUUCAAUCAAUUUAACUUUCAAAAUUAGAAAAAAAAUGUUUUCGCACUUGAAGGAAAAUUUUUUUAAUAUUCACUACCACCGUUUUGUUCCAGUACUAUUCUAUAACAGCAGAAAAAUCAAAAUCUCGUGUUUUAUCGAAAGCGAAAAAGAUGAGUAAAACUAUUAGAAAAUCGAAGAAGAAAAAAGUACGCA